GCUGCCAGUCGCCGGUGCCAGUGUUCGCCAUUUGCAGUUGGAGUGCCAUUGGGGGAGAAACUUCGCGCUUCGUGGGACUGAUUCGGUUUGGCGUUGGUUGGUGUGCGUGCCGCGAGGGGCUACAUACAUAUAGGUUUCUGAUAUUAUUUAUUGAGGAGACGCAGCUACUUUAGUCUACUUUAAAAUAGCCCCCAGUAAAUUAGGCCGAAUACUAAUUGCCUGAUGAAGUGCCGGCCUGGGAGUGGGUGCCGCGACGGGGUCGCCGCCUGGAGUCUGUUGGCUGUGGGACUAUGGUGUGGAUUUCUUGUUCAUGGCAUCCAGGGCGAUGCAGUGGAAGUCAUCGAGCUGGGGAGCAAUUGGAGUAUAACUAACCAGAACGGAUCCCUGUCCAUGGCCGACCAAACACUGCCCUCCGGCAUAUACAGCGCCUUUGGAUCCCAGGUUCUAGAGUCCUACAAUGACAUCAAACUACGCUGGCUGGCCUACGACAAUUUUACAUACACGAAUAGCUUUCAGUUCGACAUUCAUCACUACAAGCGGGGGCACAUAAACCUGACGUUCCAUGGGAUCGACACCAUAGCCGAGAUUCGUCUGAACCAUCAGCUCCUGGGACGCACGGACAACAUGUUUGUGCGCUACUCGUACGACGUCAGUGCAAUCCUCCAGCAGGAGAAUGUCCUCGAGGUGGAGAUAGUGUCGCCCGUGUGGGCGGCCCUCGCCAGGUCGCAGGCUCUGGACGCGGAGAGUUCUGUGCCGCCGGCCUGCCCUCCCAUGCGCUACAAUGGCGAGUGCCACGUAAAUAUGCUCCGAAAGAUGCAAUCGAGCUUCGCCUGGGACUGGGGUCCGGCGGCUCCCUCAAUGGGCCUCUGGAAGAACGUGCAGCUGGAGAUCUACGAGGUGGCGGUCAUACGCGACAUCGACGUGGACAUCAGCCGCUCCGCCAACGGCUCGCACUGGAACAUGCACAUCCGCUGCUACAUGGAUGCGGUGGGCAGGCAGAACUUCUACGCCACCCUGAUCCUCUAUGCAGUCGAGCUAUUGGACCAUCCGGUUGUGGUCAACACAUACACCUACCAGCCCAUCAGCUACUUGACGCCAGUAAUUGAGUUCGAUCAGGCCGUGCCAAUUGAGAAAGUCACUGCCUGGUGGCCCAAUGGCUAUGGUGACCAGAAGCUUUAUCCGCUUCACUUCACGCUCAAAGCCUGGCUAGGGUCUAACGGGCCCGAAGUGCGCUCAAAGACCAAAUCGCAAAAGUCGCUUCGCGUGGGCUUCCGCACGCUUGAAUUGGUAGAGGUGCCAGCGGCAGACAAGCUCGGCAACACCUUCCUCUUCCGGGUCAACGGACUAGAAAUAUUCAUGAAGGGCAGCAACUACAUACCCUCCCACAUCCUGCCGGAACAUCAAACGAAGGACCAAAUUGAGCAUCUGCUGAAGUCCGCCAAGGAGGCGCAUAUGAACAUGCUGCGCGUGUGGGGCGGCGGGGUGUACGAGUCGGACUAUUUCUACAACCUCGCCGAUAGCCUUGGCCUGCUCAUCUGGCAGGAUAUGAUGUUCGCUUGCGCCAUGUACCCGGUGGAAGAGGAGUACCUGUCGUCGGUGCGCGAGGAGGUGCGCCAGAAUGCCAAGCGCCUGUCGCACCACCCCAGCAUUGCGAUUUUUGUCACCAACAACGAGAACGAAGCCGCGCUUGUGCAGGACUGGUACCAAACAGCCUACGCGGAAGUGCGCUUUGAGUCUGAGUACCGGGAGCUCUACCUGGGCAACGUCAUCCACGAGCUAAAGCUUGUCUCCCACAAGUCACGCCCUCAGCCGCUCGUUUCCUCGCCGUCGAAUGGAAAGGCCAGCGCGGUGGACAAUUACAUUUCUGAAAACCCCCAGGACGACUACUAUGGCGACGUGCACUUCUACGACUACCUGAAGGACGCCUGGGAUCCAGGGAUCUAUCCGCGCCCCCGGUUUGCCAGCGAGUACGGCUUCCAGAGCUUGCCCAGCUUAUAUUCCUGGCAGCGCAGCAAGAACGAUGACGACGACCUCCGCACUCUGAUGAACCACCGACAGCACCACCCUCUGGGCAGCAUACCCAUCAUCAGCCUGGUGGAGCGCCAUCUGCCACUGCCUCUGCCGGAGGACGACAACUAUGCAGAGGCGCUCAUCUACUUCAGCCAGAUCUCGCAGGCCAUGGCCACCAAGGUGGAGACGGAACUGUAUCGCAGCUUGCGGGACACUGCUCAUAACACCAUGGGCGCUCUCUACUGGCAGCUGAACGAUGUCUGGGUGGCGCCCUCCUGGUCCGGUAUUGAUUUCUAUGGCAAUUGGAAGCUUCUACACUACUGGGCGCGAGACUUUCUGGCCCCCAUCGCCAUCGUUGCACAGCACGACAAGCCCGAAGAUUCGCUCAACAUCAUCCUCAUAUGUGAUGAGCCCCAGGUGGAGACGGAGGGGCUGAUCGUGGUCGCCAACACCCAUCUUUGGUCGCAGCUGCUUCCGAGCAAGUCCAUCAAUUGGACGGUCACACUGCGGCCCAACGGCGUUCAGUAUGACAAGGUCAUCCCCAUCCAGGAUUUGCUCCAUGGGGAGUACAAUAGGCGCAAUGCCUUCGUGGAACUGGAACUGCGUCGUCGCCAGGAGGUGCUCUCCCGCACCUACUUCUUCCCCAGCAACAUUGCCGCCGCUGUCGGACUCGAGGAUCCCGGCCUAGAGUACGAGAUCGCCUCGCGGACCUGUCUCACCACUGGCAACGUCAUCCGGAACAGCCUGAGUAUUACCAUCCAGGUGAAGCGGCCCGCGGUUUUCGUAUACCUCGAGCUGCUGAAGCCCUAUCAGUACAGAUUCUCAGAGAACGGCUUCAUGCUGACCACGCCCGUGCACGUGGUGUAUCUUACCUUCGAUGCCACCUCCUGUGCGCGACUGCUGCGCAAAACAGACCUCAGGGUUCUGACCGUAAACGACUUCAUGCCCUAGACCCACAGACCGCCGUGCGUCUUCCUUUACAGGUUUAGUAUAACAUUUAUAGAUAACUUAAACAAUGAACAAAUCAAUAAAUAGCAUAAACAUAUA